UCUCCAAUGAACCAGGGGAAGUUAUCCAAAUGGUGGGUUGCAAGCCAUGAACCGCCAUUAAAUUCGUUUAUUCCUCCAAAUCCCAUCCCUAAAAAUUGGCAAUUGAACCCUAUAAAUUCACCUCUUGGUCGUCCCUAAUCCUUCGUCUUCCAGUUUUUCUUUUAAAUCUCUUUUUUCCCAUCUCGUUGCGCUCUUUCUUCAUCUCAAGAUGCAAAUCUUUGUAAAAACUCUAACCGGCAAAACAAUCACCCUCGAGGUGGAAAGCUCAGAUACAAUCGACAAUGUAAAGGCUAAGAUUCAAGAUAAAGAGGGAAUUCCACCCGACCAACAAAGGCUUAUCUUUGCUGGUAAGCAACUUGAGGAUGGCCGAACGCUGGCCGAUUACAACAUCCAAAAGGAAUCUACACUCCAUUUGGUGCUUCGACUUCGCGGUGGGAUGCAAAUAUUUGUGAAGACCCUUACUGGCAAAACCAUCACCCUUGAGGUGGAAAGUUCUGACACAAUUGACAAUGUCAAGGCUAAAAUCCAAGAUAAGGAGGGUAUCCCCCCUGAUCAACAGAGACUAAUUUUUGCUGGUAAGCAGCUCGAAGAUGGUCGAACUCUUGCUGAUUACAAUAUUCAGAAGGAAUCUACUCUGCAUUUGGUUCUUCGACUUCGUGGUGGUAUGCAGAUUUUUGUGAAAACUUUGACAGGAAAAACGAUCACAUUGGAGGUAGAAAGUUCAGAUACCAUUGACAAUGUGAAAGCUAAGAUACAAGAUAAGGAGGGCAUUCCACCAGACCAACAGAGACUGAUUUUUGCUGGUAAGCAGCUCGAAGAUGGUCGAACUCUUGCCGAUUACAACAUUCAAAAGGAGUCGACGUUGCAUUUGGUGCUUCGGUUGCGCGGUGGGAUGCAGAUUUUCGUGAAGACGUUAACGGGGAAGACGAUCACAUUGGAGGUAGAAAGUUCAGAUACCAUUGAUAAUGUGAAAGCUAAGAUCCAAGACAAGGAGGGCAUUCCACCAGACCAACAGCGGUUGAUCUUUGCUGGUAAGCAGCUCGAAGAUGGUCGAACUCUUGCCGAUUACAACAUUCAAAAGGAGUCAACGUUGCAUUUGGUGCUCCGAUUGCGCGGUGGAAUGCAGAUUUUUGUGAAGACGUUAACGGGGAAGACGAUCACAUUGGAGGUCGAAAGCUCGGAUACGAUCGACAACGUGAAGGCGAAGAUUCAAGACAAGGAGGGCAUUCCACCAGACCAGCAGCGUUUGAUCUUUGCUGGUAAGCAACUGGAAGAUGGUAGGACUCUAGCAGAUUACAAUAUCCAAAAGGAAUCGACAUUGCACUUGGUGCUUCGGUUGCGAGGUGGAAUGCAGAUUUUCGUGAAGACGUUGACAGGUAAGACGAUCACAUUGGAGGUCGAAAGCUCGGACACGAUCGACAACGUGAAGGCAAAAAUUCAAGACAAGGAGGGCAUUCCACCAGACCAACAGAGGUUGAUCUUUGCUGGUAAGCAACUGGAAGACGGCAGAACUCUAGCAGAUUACAACAUCCAAAAGGAGUCGACGUUGCACUUAGUGCUACGACUGCGCGGUGGAAUGCAGAUCUUCGUGAAGACGUUAACAGGGAAGACAAUCACAUUGGAGGUCGAGAGCUCGGACACGAUCGACAACGUGAAGGCAAAGAUUCAAGACAAAGAGGGGAUUCCUCCAGACCAACAAAGGCUCAUCUUCGCCGGAAAACAAUUGGAGGAUGGUAGAACAUUGGCUGAUUACAAUAUUCAGAAAGAGUCCACCCUCCACCUUGUUCUCCGCCUGCGCGGUGGCUCUUAGGGUGGCUCCGCCGUGUUUGUGCUGGACUUGUGGUGUCUCCCAUGGCCCCUUCUGAAUGGUUUUAGUAGUAAUAAGUCGAACUCUUUACUUUUAUUUCUUUUAUUUCAGCGUCUGUUAAUAUAUAAAUAAUAAUAUGCUGUUUGUUGCAAUGGCCUAACGGGCCAUGUUAAAAACGGCUUCUAAAAUGAAUGUAUUAUUAUGAAUUUUUAAAUUAA